CAGCCCUCCAGUAGUCAGACUUGUACCCAGUGAAGAGCCUGACUGCUUUCUGACUGGGACAGCCUGAGAUGUACCACUUCUUCACUGAGGAAUUUGUUUCCUAGAACUCUUGUUACCAGCACUAAAAGAGCAAAUGACUCCUCUAGGCUUGGAGGGGAAGUGAGGUCCAGAGAGGAGACAUGGAUCACCUCAUGUUCUCCACUAGGUCCUAGGCCACCUGAGUUCCCCUUGCUUUCCACCAGAGGUCACCCCUGUGUGACUUGGCCACUUGCUCUCUGCUGAGUCUUGGACUGUAUCCUAGGUUUGCAGUUGUGAUUUAUUUUUGGCACAUCAGCCUUCCGUCACGAAGCAGCAAACCCCAAAAGAAGAGCAGCAAGUCAUCUUACUCUGGCCACAGGACGGCUUCAGCUCUCUGCUAUCCCUUCUGCCCUGGGGCUCUGAGACCUUUGGGAUUCUUGUCACAGCCAUUUAAAGCCCUUGGAGGACUCAACAAGACCUUAAAUCACACCAGAGGCACUGAGCAUGACCCGGGACGAGGUGCUGCCUGGCUCUCAUUCCACACAGGGCUUCUAUGAGAACUAUGAGCCCAAGGAGAUCUUAGGCAGAGGAGUUAGCAGCGUGGUCCGGCGUUGCAUCCAUAAGCCCACCUGUCAGGAGUACGCGGUAAAGAUCAUCGAUGUCACAGGCGGAGGCAGCUUCAGCUCACAGGAGGUGCAGGAGCUGCGGGAAGCCACCCUGAAGGAGGUGGACAUCCUACGAAAAGUCUCUGGACACCCCAACAUCAUACAGCUGAAGGACACUUACGAGACCAACACUUUCUUCUUCUUGGUGUUUGACCUGAUGAAGAAAGGGGAGCUUUUUGACUACCUCACUGAGAAAGUCACCUUGAGUGAGCGGGAAACCAGAAAAAUCAUGAGAGCCCUGCUGGAGGUGAUCUGUACCUUACACAAACUUAACAUCGUGCACCGGGAUCUCAAGCCUGAGAACAUCCUUCUGGAUGAUGACAUGAACAUCAAGCUCACAGAUUUCGGCUUUUCCUGCCAGUUGGCACCAGGAGAGAAGCUACGAGAGGUCUGCGGAACCCCCAGUUACCUGGCCCCUGAAAUCAUCGAGUGCUCCAUGAAUGAUGACCACCCGGGCUAUGGGAAGGAGGUGGACUUGUGGAGCACAGGUGUCAUCAUGUACACCCUGCUGGCUGGCUCCCCACCCUUUUGGCACCGAAAGCAGAUGCUGAUGCUGAGGCUGAUCAUGAGUGGCAACUACCAGUUUGGCUCACCAGAAUGGGAUGACUACUCGGACACGGUGAAGGACCUGGUUUCUCGCUUCUUGGUGGUGCAACCCCAGAACCGCUGCACAGCAGAAGAGGCCCUUGCGCACCCCUUCUUCCAGCAGUAUGUGGUGGAGGAAGUGCGCCAUUUCAGCCCCAGAGGCAAAUUCAAGGUGAUCUGUCUGACCGUGCUGGCCUCUGUGAGGAUCUACUAUCAGUACCGCCGUGUGAAGCCGGUGACCAGGGAGAUGGUCAUCCGAGACCCCUAUGCCCUGCGACCACUGCGCCGCCUCAUUGAUGCCUACGCCUUCCGCAUCUAUGGCCACUGGGUGAAGAAAGGGCAGCAGCAGAACCGGGCCGCCCUCUUCGAGAACACGCCAAAGGCGGUGCUGCUGUCCCUGGCAGAGGAGGAGGACUACUGAGGGAAGGGGAAAUAGGCCAGCCACCUGUGGGCCAGGCUGCAACAGCUCCAGGGUUCCGCAGGAGGCACCAAGGGAGAAGUAGAGCUAGGGUGGGGCAGGGAGACAGAGGUCUAGAACCGCAGCUCCAGCUCCCCUUGCCUGGCUGGGCCUCUAGGGCUCACUCUGGGGGCCCCUCCUUUGGGGCUCCAGGUUGAGGGUCAUUUAAGCACACCUCUGUAGAGCAGGCUGUUCCCUGAGGUGCUUUUGGAGACACCAGCCCUGCAUAAUGAACAAAGAGGAGCCAGACAUUUGUCUCUGCAGUGUUGUUACUGGGUGACUCCUACAGCUUUCUCGAGCAUUACAGACACUGGGCUUAAAGGGCCCAGACCACUACACGCUGAGAGCGAGGACAAAGGCACAGCACAGUGUGAAUGUGGAAAGGAAAGAAGUAUUUUCCUCCCACAGAAACUUGCUGGGAGAAGAGACGACAGCUUGGAGGACACAGUUGGCUUCAGAAUCAGACGAGAAAAGGGGAGGGGACAGAUUUAUUUAACAAAUGGCCUUUCAAAGC